UCAAGCCCAUGGAACUGCAACUCUCAAGGUUAUUGACCCAAGCACUAGAACCUGAUAAUAGCAUAAGAUCCGCGGCAGAAGGUGAAAUAUCUAUCGCUGAACAACGAACAGGUUUUUUGUCGUCUCUGUUGAACAUUAUUGCUGAUAAGGAACAUUCUCCUUUGAACGUGCGAUGGCUGGCUGCUGUUGUUGCAAAGAAUUCUAUCGACCGUAUAUGGAGGAAUACAACACUGCAAUUGGUUUCGAAUGAAGAAAAAAUAUUCGUUAGGCAAAGGAUUUUGAGUUUAUUAUUACAACAAGACCAGUUAGUUGCAACACAGUUGUAUUUAUUACUUGGUCGGUUGGCAAGAUUAGAUUACCCCAAGGACUGGCCUGCCAUCUUUGAGAGUGUCUUAUCACUGCUUGAGUCGGAUGAGACUGAUUGGAAACGCGAAAAACUAUUACAAGCUUUGUACGAAGUUGUGAAAGGAGUCGAGUCAAAAAAAGUCGACCCAUAUUUGUUUCAUCAAGCGUCUGUUUCCAUUAUUCAAAUGAUGUUUCACUUGCUACAAAAGCAUCUGAGCAUAUCUGCAGAUAUUAGUUUAUGUACCUAUAUUGAAAACUUGAGCCAAGUCGAAUUUCAUAGCGUCGAACUUUGCCUCAAGAUUCUAAGAAGAGUGGUUCAUCGUGAUUCUUUAGUUAUGGACCUUCAAAAGUCGUUGGAAGACUUUAUCGAAUGGAGUUUGCAAAACCGUUGCUUGUUUUAUUACAAUGGGCAAGAUUUUGGAAGAGCUCAACGAGUAUCCUAUCUUCUAUGCAAAUUUCUAUUGGAGUCACAGAAGACGCAUCCUCUUUUAUUUUGCCACGUCUUGUCACCUCUUUUUGCAGAAUAUAGACAGCAAUGGAGUAACAGUUCGGACGAGGACUGGGAACAGAAAACUUUGUCACAGUGGUCUCUUGAUGCGAAGGCUUUGGAUAUUUUCCAUCAAGUUAUGGAAUGUAAUGCAAUAUUCACGAGUCGAUCUUUUGAAUACACGGAAGAGAAUGGUCGUCUUCCUUGUGAGUUGCAUGGAAUGCAUUACAUAAUAACAGAUUGGUCUUUGGAAGAGUUGGAAAAGGGAAGAAGACAAGUUUUGCAUUGUUUCACAGAAUCUCUUGUCAGUAGUAUUUUAGAACUUAUCAUUCGCCGUUUUCUUCCUUGUUCGAAAGAAAGAUUAGCAAAAUUAUUGCAGGAGCCUACUGAAUACGCGAUGGAAGAAGAAGCUGCGGAGUUCGACGUUUAUGAUCCACAAACAGUAGCACAGGCAGUAUGCAUGUCAUUAUUGAGUCAUUUUAUGGAGCCUUGUUUGUCCAUUAUCAUGAAACUCUGGAACUAUUCUAGUGAUAGAGAUGUUGUUAUGUUGGAUGUUAUCUAUAGAAUAUUGGGAGCUGCGGUUUUUGACAUAUUUGAUAGAAUAGAUUAUGAGCAGUGGAUCGAGUUGCUUUCUAAGAUAUUCUCUCAAACGGCUUUGCAGAAUAUUUUGUUAAGGAGAAGAGCUUGUUUAUUCGGAGCACAAGUUGGAUCAUUUCUUCACUCAGAGCAACAAGUUGUAUUGUUUGAGCAGUUGUUGCAAAUUUACCUGAAAGAGUCUAACAUUGCAGUUUCUUGGCCUGCGUUGCAAGCAGUCGAAAUUCUGCUGUCUUCACAGGAAGAGAGUUCAGCCCUAUUCUUUUCCAUUGAACAGACAGUAUUGGGAUUGAUGCAAAAGAGUUUUCAGUUGUUGCAACAAGCCACCCAUUUAUCCUUGAAAUGUGAUAUUUUGGAUGCAUUGACGAGGAUAGUAGAACAUUUAACUCCAUCUGUUGGAGAAAAACUUUAUCAGUCUCUUUCCAAUUGUAUUAUUGAGUUAUGGAAUCAAUCAAGUUUGAUAUCAGAACAAGAUGAAGCAUUUGCUAUAAGAGUUAGAAUAGUGGAGCUAAUCCAAAGUUUUAUUGUUGCUUUCUAUCAGUUUCAAAAUUCAGAACAAGUUUCAGUUACUUUUGAAACCUUUUUGAAACAGCUGAUAUCUUGGUGUGUUCAGUUGGAAUGGCGAGGGGAUGGAGAACAGCAUGAACAACUUGUUGAACAAGGUUUUCACUUGUGGAAUUGUUUUCUCCAGUGUCAAACUCAGUAUACACAAAGUGUACAAGAAUUGAUUCCAAUAUUAAUUUCUCUCGCUCAACACACAACAGAAUAUGUUGGUCACUAUGUUUUGUUGAUAAGAAACUAUAUCCAGUUGGGAGGUCGCUAUUUUAUUGUUUCGUAUGGUAGGAAUGUUGUUAGGAAUUGGCUAUGUUCAUUUUCAUAUUCAUUAUUAGAAAUUAUGAGAGACAGAGUUGUCAUUCAGGUAGCAGGAAUAGUGGAUUCCGUCAUCCUAUUCCAUUCAGAGGAUUGGUCUCUUUGGAUUCCUAUUAUAAGAACAAUGAUAUCUUUAGUUUUAAACCAAAAGGAAAGUAAAGCAGUAGAGGCUACCUUCUUAGCAAUCAUAUCGAGAGCUAUUUGGAUGGACAUAUCGAGAUUUGAACGGGAAGUAUUGGGAGAAGAUUCUCAUCGCUUGUAUCAAUUGGUUUAUUGUAUAGUGGAAAAGGCUGAAAAUGUUUACUUGCCACAAGAUAGGAAGCAAAUUGGUUUGUGUCUUUGUCGAUUGGCAACUCAACGCAGUAUAUUUCUACAUGUUUCUUUAGACGCCGUAGUGGACAUAUGGUUGCAAUGUCUGUCAUCCUACUCAAGAAGCCAAUAUGAUGAUGAAGAUAUCCCAUCUUUUAGAAAGCUAUAUGAUCCCAUGUAUCAACAAGAUAUUACAUCGGAAAUUCGAACGACUGUUCGACAAUUAGAACAAAUAUUUACGACUUUAUAUCCCUCAAUGUCCCCUUUUUGGAAUGCUUUGGAUAGAAAUAUUGCUCAUACGUUUCGUUCUGCCUUGUUAGAAAAUAACUAGCCUUGAUAAAGUAAGAGAAAGAUCA